CAGAUUUUGUGUCUUGGCUGGCUUUGGGUGAAGACCGGGGAGAAAAGGUUGCGCUGCGAUUCUCAAGAUCUCUGGACCUGGGUUGUUCUUCAGAAAAAAAUGGUUAUUUCUUUGAACUCAUGCCUGAGCUUUAUUUGUUUAUUGUUAUGCCACUGGAUUGGGACAGCAUCACCUCUGAAUCUCGAAGACCCUAAUGUGUGUAGCCACUGGGAAAGCUACUCAGUGACUGUGCAAGAGUCAUACCCACAUCCUUUUGAUCAAAUUUACUACACAAGCUGCACUGACAUUCUAAACUGGUUUAAAUGCACGCGGCACAGAGUCAGCUAUCGGACAGCCUAUCGACAUGGGGAGAAGACUAUGUAUAGGCGCAAGUCUCAGUGUUGUCCUGGAUUUUAUGAAAGUGGGGAAAUGUGUGUCCCCCACUGUGCUGAUAAAUGUGUCCAUGGUCGCUGCAUUGCUCCAAACACCUGUCAGUGUGAGCCUGGCUGGGGAGGGACCAACUGCUCCAGUGCCUGCGAUGGUGAUCACUGGGGUCCCCACUGCACCAGCCGGUGCCAGUGCAAAAAUGGGGCUCUGUGCAACCCCAUCACCGGGGCUUGCCACUGUGCUGCGGGCUUCCGGGGCUGGCGCUGCGAGGACCGCUGUGAGCAGGGCACCUAUGGUAACGACUGUCAUCAGAGAUGCCAGUGCCAGAAUGGAGCCACCUGCGACCACGUCACGGGGGGAUGCCGCUGCCCACCAGGAUACACCGGAGCCUUCUGUGAGGAUCUUUGUCCUCCUGGUAAACAUGGUCCACAGUGUGAGCAGAGAUGUCCUUGUCAAAAUGGAGGAGUGUGUCAUCACGUCACUGGAGAAUGCUCUUGCCCUUCUGGCUGGAUGGGCACAGUGUGUGGUCAGCCUUGCCCCGAGGGUCGCUUUGGAAAGAACUGUUCCCAAGAAUGCCAGUGCCAUAAUGGAGGGACGUGUGAUGCUGCCACAGGCCAAUGUCAUUGCAGUCCAGGAUACACAGGGGAACGGUGCCAGGAUGAGUGUCCUGUUGGGACCUAUGGCGUUCUCUGUGCUGAGACCUGCCAGUGUGUCAAUGGAGGGAAGUGUUACCACGUGAGCGGCGCAUGCCUCUGUGAAGCAGGCUUUGCUGGCGAGCACUGCGAAGCACGCCUGUGUCCUGAGGGGCUCUACGGCAUCAAAUGUGACAAACGGUGUCCCUGCCACUUGGAAAACACUCAUAGCUGUCACCCCAUGUCUGGAGAAUGUGCCUGCAAGCCGGGCUGGUCAGGACUCUACUGUAAUGAGACAUGUUCUCCUGGAUUCUACGGGGAAGCUUGCCAGCAGAUCUGCAGCUGCCAAAAUGGGGCAGACUGUGACAGUGUGACUGGAAAGUGCACCUGUGCCCCAGGAUUCAAAGGAAUUGACUGCUCUACCCCAUGCCCUCUGGGAACCUAUGGGAUAAACUGUUCCUCUCGCUGUGGCUGUAAAAAUGAUGCAGUCUGCUCUCCGGUGGACGGGUCUUGUACUUGCAAGGCAGGCUGGCACGGGGUGGACUGCUCCAUCAGAUGUCCCAGUGGCACAUGGGGCUUUGGCUGUAACUUAACAUGCCAGUGCCUCAACGGGGGAGCCUGCAACACCCUGGACGGGACCUGCACGUGUGCACCUGGAUGGCGCGGGGAGAAAUGCGAACUUCCCUGCCAGGAUGGCACGUACGGGCUGAACUGUGCUGAGCGCUGCGACUGCAGCCACGCAGAUGGCUGCCACCCUACCACGGGCCAUUGCCGCUGCCUCCCCGGGUGGUCAGGAUUGUUUUGACUAUUCUGGGUCCUUGAAUUUCCAUGUGAAUGGUAACAUCAAUAUGUUAAUUUCCACAAAGAAGCAAGGUGGAAAUUUAAUGGAGAUUGAAUCUAUAGAUCAAUUUGGGGAAUACUGUCCACUUAACAAUAUGAAGUCUUCAGAUUCAUAAACAUGGGAUGUCACCAGCAACCUCUUCAGUAGUGUCUCUCAGCCCCUUGGAAAAUGUUGAGAGCUUCUUUGGUUUCUAAAGGAGUAAACUGAGAGGAACUGUCAUGUGCUUGAUUUCUAGUGUCUGAGAGCUACCUUGGGAAACAGGCUAAGGCUGGUGCAAUGGACUUUAUUUUCUACCAAUACGAGCUACCCACAGACACGAGGCCUCCCCAACCCUGUAGUUCCAUCUUGACUUGCAACACCUGAGAUAACUUGACUUCACAAUAGGAAAUUCUGCCUUCCAAUGUUUCAGCUUGGCUCUUCAUCCCCAAAUGUUAAAACUGCAUCAACUAGGGAUUGAACCAGAUUUUGUGACUUCACUAGGGUUCUUGAAGUUCUCAAAUGGAGAGAUCGAUACUAAUUUCUCAAUGACCACGGUGAAGCAAAAUAAAAUUUUAAACCUUCUGGCAAAUUCAGAAUUUUCUAACAGAGAGACCACAUCUUUUGUUUUAUACAACACUCCACCAAAUCUACUUCUGUCUUAUAAAGAUAGAAAGAAUGUGAGGUGUUCCUGAACACACCAGUCACUGCUCAAGUGUCCACCUGCUUUGAUGAUUUAGAACUAUCCUGUGAAAGGCACACUCUAGUGUACAUGAGAAGAGCAAGAGAUAGGAUUUGGCCUGAAGCCAGCCGGAAAAUGUGUUAGUUGCAUUCCACAGUCUGGGUCAUGGGGUAAGACAAAUUAUCCCAUCUGGCCUUAGACCUAUCAAGCUCCUACGGGAAUGCAGUGGCUUUGUCACACAAUGUAAUCUUGUAAUCCUCUGUCCAUCUGUGGCCGGCCUGCUUCUCUAAACGGGAAGACUACUGCUUCAUGCUGCUCUAUUGCUUGUUGCCUACCAUCUCUGCCUCAUGGCCUGUCAGUCAUUAUUGCUCCUAGACCAGCUAAGUUGCCCCAGUGUCUCAUUUCUGGGUCUUCUGUGUGGGCUGUUGGUCUGUAGGCAUCUGUCAGUAUCUAAGCCUGCUGUGAGGUCAUCCCUCACAAUUACAGAAUACACUUGGUAUACAAAAACACAUGUAGAGGAAAAGAAAAUUACUGAAGUUCCAAAAAACACCUACAAUUGGACCAAGAAUUGGCUUAUUUUUUUUUUUAAAGAAAGAGCAGCUUCUGUAUAUUAUUUACAAAGGUCAUCAUUUCAUUGUCUACACUGGACAGACUAAUAAUUUUUUACCCAUAAAAUUGUUUAGGGUUAGUACCCUGUUAGGACCUUUUUGAACAUAAAGAAGGUUUUACUUUCCAUUUAAGACACCAGGUUUGAGGUCAAAAGAUAAACAUAAGCCCAGGGAAGCGAGCAAUUCUAUUUCCUCUCAUCCCUGUUGCUGAGAUUGCUGUAGGUGAACUGUUAAGUAUCCCUGGACAGGGCAGCAGUAUGUAGGAUAGGAGGCUUGUGUGUAGUGAGGCUUUUAUGAAUAAAUCAGUGAAAUCUGACACAGAAGCCAGGGCUCUUCCCCUGAUCAAAUCAACAAGAUGGCCUUAAGUGCUCCGUCAACUGUGGACACUGUGGGGAGAGGCUGAUCAGUUGGAUUUGGAGCCAGAGAUAAGAGUCAGGAGGGCCUUGUUCCUCUUUACAAAGGAAUUGACAUGACUAAAUUGAGGAAGUCUCACCCUAAGGUGAGAUGCCAAGGAAGAUGGCUUGCUGUCUUACUGUGUACCCACAUCCACCAUUUCUUAUAACUUCAACCCACUAUCUAGCAUUUGACUGUUCUCUCAAAGCAACUGAGGCUUUUUUAUUUCUAUUAUAAUUGAUAGUCCUAUUUUACCUAGUCAUAAAAUAAGUCCUCAAAAUAUACUGUUAUGAAAAGUAAACAAAAUAAAAGUUGUGUUUGACAUUUUAGAUCCUAUUUCCAAAAAAAGUACCAUUUUAUUGUAGUAUGUGGUUAUUUAAAACCUUAAUUUAUUGUCAUUUUUAGCCAAUACACCAUUUUAUCAAAAAGAGGCAGAUUGCAGUAGAAGAAUGAGGAAAAUGAAAUACCAUUCAGGAUUUAGGCUGUGUCCUAUGCUGCUUCUCCUACACUUCUGGACCUCUGGUACACACACACACUCUCUCUCUCUCUCUCUGCUAUAAAAUGAGGCUCGCUUUUCAAAAUGAUUAUACUGAAAUUUCAGAUGUCAAUGAAAUAUAAUUAUGAGUGUUUGUGUAUACUUAUGUAUGUGUGUUUCCAGAGUAGUGGAGUGAUAUACUUUAUAAAAGCAUUUUCCCAAAAUUACAGAAACAGGCUGAAGUUUAUGUCUUCUUUUCUGCUCUGACUUCAGUCAGCCAGAACACCCAUUUGCUGAGCAUUACAGCUAAUCAAGAUUUCAUUCCAGCUGACUGGGAACAUGUGCGGUGUCCGGCCUCAUUCCCAGCCCUGGCUAAGAUCACUGUCACCUGGGAACUCUUUGAACUUGCAUAUUCCCAGUCCCCACCUCACACCUACUAAAUGAGAAUUUGGAAAGUGGCUGAGGAGGAGGAAGAUUAUGGAGCCUCUGCCCAUCCAGAAAGCAACUUUGAUACAAAUUUGGAAAAGAUUUGGAAAUCCCUCAGGAUGUACUCUUUGGCACAUGAAGUGCAAGCCGGAUUUCUGCCCCAACUUAGCCCCUUGGGCAGGGGCUCUUGCAUAGUGCACAACUUGCAAAACCUUACUUGGUGGCUUUGUCUGCCCUGGUGACCCAGGCAGGCAGUGGCAGUUACGGUCUGCAUAGUGGCAUCUGCUGUGUCAUAUUACUCUAGUUAUUGAAGAGCUUGGGGUCUGGGGUGCAUUUCUUUGACAGAAACCACAUAAUCAAUGGCAAAUGAGAAGAGGAGGUUCAAGGAUGUGUUUAUACCAGAAUAAAAAAGUUAAACACUAAACAGAUAAAAAGGAGAAUAGGACACCCAAUGAAACUCUAGGGAUCUUGAGAAAGAGAGGAGAGACUAUCAAGGCAUGGUAUAAUUGUAAGGGGAGGGGAAGGAGAAUAAGAGGAGAGGUUGGGGGCUCAUCUGAGCCCAGCCAGGAAGGGUGGAAUUGGAAGGAGGAGCACCUGUGGGCAAGUUGAUGCGAAGAGCCCACUUCUCCGCUCUUCCCAGCAAGCAGAACCAGGCCUAGAGUGGCCGCAUCCUCCCUCCACAAGGAAAGCUCUCCUUUCCAUGUUUUACCAAACAGCAAGUUUGACCAGCUGAGUGAGUGAGCUGCUACUUCAGGGACUAAUCUGUCGUGAAGUGAUGUCUCAUGCAGCUAAGGGAUGCCUGAACUGUUAAAAUAAGGGGAGACCUACCUUCCUUUGUCCAGUGACAUAUAAGUGCAAAUCCAAGUUGGAGGUAAUAACUUUAGUCAAAUGAGUUUAAUUAACAUGCCUGCACCCAAUCAGUCACAAGUACAAAUGACUCACUAUCUGACCCUUUUGGGUAUUGAGGUCUGGAGAGUGUGUCUGCAGGUUCAUAUGUAUAUGUCUGUCUGUUUGGUCUUGGGAGAGGGGAUCAUAUAAAAGCAGAAGGCUGGGCCCCUGCUGUGAGGGUGAAGGGAGGUGCUCAUUUCCCCCCACAAAAAAAGGCCACAGAAAAAACCAAAGCUCCAAGAUCUGCCUAGCAAUCCUUUCUACUUGCUUUUAUCUGGGUCCAGACUGAGGCAGGCCAUGGUGUCUGGUUUUUUUUUUUUUUUUUUUUUUUUUGUCUUGCAAGUGCAAAGGCAAACACCUCUGAUUUAUAUGACUUAUUAAGACUUUUUUCAACUUUGUUGAACUAUAUAAAGCAGAUUCUUUUUUACUGGGUCUUUAAAAUCCAUAGUAUCCAAAUAGAAAGAUUUGGUUUAACAACCAUUUGUUGAGUGUCUCCAGGUUCUAUGCAACCAUAAUGCUUGGGUGCUGGGAACACGGAGAGGAAGUGAUGCCAACUCCCAUCCUGCAGAAGCUCACAUUGCAUCAGGACAGUCGCUGUAUCAGCAGAGAUGGAUAUACCAGUGAAUAACUUCUCUAUACUACACCACACUACACUGUACUACACUACACUACGCUACACUACACUACACUACACUACACUAUGCCACUGCUUUGUUGGUCAAAGGAUUAGAAAAGCAGAAAAAGUGUUGUGACUAAAUACUAUAGUUCCUCCAUCUUAUAAUUACCAAGCCCAAUUAUUAUUAACAAAUAUCUCUCUUUGCUCUAAUAUAUGUUUAAUAGCUUGUUGCCCAGGAACUAGACAUUGAAUCAAAAUAAUUUCCUUCAUUCACUAACGCUCCAAAUAUUGGAAUACUGGCAUAAGGAAUAUAAGCAAUCAAGUAAGACAAGGAUUUGGGGUUAUAUCUAUGAGAGGGGAAAGAAUGACACCCCAGAUGAUUUAUUUACUGCAUUCAUGCAAUCACAAAUGCCCAGUGAAUGCUGAUUUCACAUUGAGGCCGCUGGCAUAAUGCUUCAGGCAUUAAUUGCACGAACAUUUCUUUAGAGCUGCUUAGCUGAAGUUUAUCACGAUCAUUCAGCCAUUGCCUAGCAACUUGUGGAGGCUAUCAAAGAGCUCUUUGUCCUCAGUCGUGGCAAAAACAGUCCCUUACAGAUCUCCUUAUCAGCAUUAGAACAUUUAUCAGAAAAGAAAUGCUCCCAUUGAACCAGAGAUGGCUGCAGAUUUAAACCUACCCCCUUCCCACGUUGCCCCUUCUUCCCAAUAUUUUAGAAGUUAUUUCCUGAACUAUUAAAGUUUUUAUCUGUUUUUUGCUAAAACUUCUGAAGGAAUUUCCUUAAGAUGUCAUAUAAUUCUUUUAUGGCCUAAUAAUCUGGGCUUACAUGUAAAAACACAGACCUGAGCCCCUAAAUGUGUAUCUGCUCAAGAAUAAGCAAGGCAGACAUCUCCACCUCCUUAGCAGGGAAGGGUCACCAUUUUUGAUAUACAACCUAUAAAUAUGUUGGGCUUCCUGGUUUGAGUGAAGACUUAUUCAGGAAAGCAAAGAAUGCUGUGGUUGCUCCAUCCCAUUGGAAAGUGGUCCUGAAUAUCAUACAGGAAAUAGGAAUUAUGUGUAUCGAUUCAUUCGACAAAUAUUUAUUUAACACCUCCCAUGUGCUAGGUGCUAUGGUGAGCAAAAACAGGCAUUGUCUCUCCCUCAGGGAGCUGCCAGAAUUAAUUGCCUUUGGUGGAGAAUUGGAGGGGAGUCUUCAUCUGCAUUUUCUUCUAUAUCUCUCCAGAAUUCCUCUUCCCCGCAUCUCUGCUGACAUUGACUUAGUUUCAUGCCUUGUCACUUUGAUCAUUUUUUUAUUUGGGGAACCCCAAAUGGGGGUUCUGCAGGUAAAAGAGCACCUGACAGGUUUUCUUUCUUCCCAGGCUCAACAUCUUCCGGCCAUCUUCUGCCCUCCUAUAAAGCACAAAUUUAGUUGUGCCCCUUCCUUCUUAAAAUUGUUCAUUUGGUCCCUGUUAACACCAGGGGGAGGUUCACACUCUAUAGCAUGGCGUUCUUGGCUCAACUCAACGUGGCCACUGCUUGGCUGCCCAGAUGCCUCACCUGCUCUCCCCAGCCCCUGAGUUUUAGCUGUACCCAACACUUGCAAUUCCCAAAGGACAGACACUUCUUUGGGCCUCUGAGCUUUGCCACCACUGUUCCCUUAGCCUGCAGUCCUCUUCCCCCUUCACAAGCUACCUCCCUUCCUGAUCAUGAUCCCCAGGCAGAGCAGGGUGUGCCUGUUCUGUGGUCAUUAUCACCCUGGAGUUACAUUUUUAAGAAAACUUCUCACAGCAAACCAGUAGCUGGCCAGAUCCCUUGAAUGUUUGCUGAGUUGGGUUUCCUUUUCUGCCUUUGACAAACAAGGAAACAAAAAGAUGUUUUGUAGGACCCUAGCAAAGCUGGCAAAAAAUAAGAGGAGAUAAAUAUAAAUAAUACACAUGUACCCACACAGAGCCAGAAAUAAUGGUUAAAGCAAAACUUACAACUCUUCAUCCUGGAGAAUAUUUCAUUGCAGGGUUAUCCUUACAUGGAAGUCACAUCAGCAGUCAUAUACCUGGUGCGACUUAGAGAAACACUUACCCAACACUCUCUUCGUGAUACUUACUGCCUGAAAUUCCACAAUUAGAUAUUUAUUUCUUAGGCUCUUAGAAUGCAUGCUCUCUUAGAAUAUCAAUAUUCUCCAGAGAAGGUACUACUCAGCAAUAAUAAAUGUAUCUUGUCCUUUUCUGACUGUAAGAUGAAGGGAAAAAUAACUAGGAGGGCACAGAGGGCCAGAAGGGGAGAAGCAGCAAUAGGAGAAGAGGGUACAGCAAGAGGAGGAAAGACAACUCCACGCCUUUCCCUGGAAUUGCCCCCUAACUGAGACAUACUUGAUAUUUAUCUUCACAUAGAUUAGGCAUUAGUAUCUGCAAAAUGCUGACUCAUUUUUUACUGAUGACAGAGUAAAUAAAAGGGCUUGAAUUUUUAAGAGGGUGUUGGUAAUAGAAUUUUUAUAAUUUAUAUUCAAAGGAAACAUUUCUUUGCAAUUCUAAACUAAAAGUUAUUUUCAAGUAAGCUUGGGUCUGUUGAAAGAUGCUUAUAUGAUUGGACACAGAAGGUUUGAUCAAUGAUCUAUAGAAUUUGCUAUGAUUCUCUGGAAAUGAAAUGAUGGGUAAACCAUAUGAAACAAGCUUAUCUCUGCAGUGGAUCUUCUUGCUAUAGGGUGGGCCUUGUUACUUAUACAAACAUUACCAGGAUAUAGUUGAUUAUGACUGAUGGCUAGGCUAAUCAGCUGAACAAACCUCUUAAGGGAAGAGGAAUCAGUUAUGAAAGAGAGGAUCUCUUUAUUCAGAUUUGCCUAUCUGGCCUGUAGUCAUUUUUCUUAACAUGCUCUGAUUGAGAAUAGGCUAAGCUGUACAUAAAUCAUGAUAACCUAUGAUAUAAAAAAGCAGCAAAUACUUUUGACCUAAAGUGUACUCCAUUCCAUCUUAACUGAAUUUAUUAAGUGCAAUUUGAAGUAGUGAUUUGGCAAGUAGUUGAUAAACUAAGUCAUCAUAAAUGGCUAAAUCUUACCUGUCCCCCAAGUCCCCACCCUAACAAAAAAGCAUAAAAAAUCGGGACUGCUUUUUCAGGAUGAUGAUCAGUCAGAUUAACCAGAUAAUUACUCAGUUUCCACUUCUUCAAAAUCUUCGUUGGGAUUUGUCUUGAUGGCAUCAGACCAAAAUGCCCUGGGUUGAUUGUCUAAGUCUCUGUGAUAAGCAGGUGUCCCCAUCUUAGCUGUUGUUAAGCAGGAGUCUUGGCUCACGGUCAGAGUCUAGGACCUGAAUUUGAAUUGAGAGUGAAGUGUUUAGCAGGUUACCCUUGUUGGUACUUUCUUUAAUUUCUCAAAACAAAGUUUAGGUUUGCAGCCUCGUUUUGAAGUGGUUUACUGCUUAAUAUGUUUGAAGCUUCUGCCCAGUAUAGGUGUGGAUAUAAAUUCCAGGUAAGAUUCUGAGGCUGAUGUAUCACAUCUGGGGAGGGUAGAGUUGGCAAUUUCAUCUCAGAUUUUCAAAAGAGAUUUGAAAAAAAAAGAUAAUAUAUUUAUGAUUGCAAGAAAAAAAUCAACAUAGUAGGCCCAGAUUUCAUACUUUAUUCUAUGGGAAACAUUUAAACCCCAAUUGGUUUAUGAACAGACCUGGUCUCCUUUCUUCAGCCCAUGGUCCGAAUGAAAUAAAAGUCUAUUGUUGGGUCAAGCUAGACACAAUGAGGUCUGCAUGCUUUCUUGCCUAUUUAAUGGCCUUUACCACGUGGGAGACUUUCAGAAGGAAAAAAACAGGAACAGUAAAAAGUGGAUCUUCUUGCUAUUCCAGUGUUCACCGGAAAUGGUGUACCAAUUAGCAACAUUCAUAUUAUAGUUUGGGACUGCUUCCAUGUUAAGGUUCAGACUGUGGUGACUUUUUGCCUGAUUACUUUAGAAGCCAAAACUGUAACACAAGACAUGACCGUCUCAGCAUCGUGGUACUGGGUGGUUGUUAGUAUUCUGGAAUCUUGGAGGGUCUGCGUGCUUGCUCUUAAUGUGUUUUCAUUUGGUCUGAGGCCAGCAACUGCCAGUUCACUACUAAUUAUAACUUAUUGCCUUUCAAUGUGAAGAACAUUUCUUUGAGUUGUGAGGAAUUCUGGCAAGAAAGAGGCCCCUGUUGUAUUUCCAAUACGAAUGUACAGAAGAGACUUUUAUUUAUCUCAAAUAAAACCUGGUUUUAGUUUUAUUUUUGCAAACUUGGCUUUCCUUUCUGUUUCCUUUUGUCAUUUUUUUUAAUUCUAAAGUUUCUCAGUAUUUGAAAUGAGAGUUAAACACCUGCAUACAGUUUCAUAAUAAUCGAUAGCAUAGACAACAGCUACAAAUAAUGUCAGUUGUGAUAUUCUGCCAAUAUCUCUCCAAUGUCAGGUAAGAUUUUUAAGGAGGAAUUUGGUGGCACGUGUCAGUGCAUCUUUCUGUUCUGCACAAUGCACCAUCAAGUUAUUUUAAGAUUAUGUUUAUUUGUUUAAUCCAGGGGAUGGUUUUCUUUAUGUAAAACAUUUUAUGGAACUAUUCAUUGCCUUAUCCUUUUACACUUUAUUUCUCUGUGAAAACAAAGAAUGGGAGGAGGAGGAGGAAGUCACCAAGGGCUAAAAGAUAUCGUAUUGUUGAUAAAUUUUACUUGCAAUAGACAGAGCCCUUGGGCUUCCACUUUAUUGCCUCCUCCUGAAGAAGAAAAAUCAAUAUAACAAAAGUUUGUUAUUCCUUCUUCGUGACUCCAUAGAAAAUCGUUCUGGGUAUUAUUUUAAUGUUAUGAUACUGUGUAUUGAUAUUUAUAAGAUGGUAACUCUCCAUUCAUUGCUGCUGGUGAUCCUCAGGUUUAACACUGUGAGCUUAGUCCUCAUCUUUGAAUUAGCAUCUGUGGAAACUCCGCACUGCCUCUCACUCAGCCUUGCCCCAUGUGCAUUA